ACACCCAUUGUAACGAAAUCAUGGUUAUUGAAGUUAACGUUGAAGGCUUGGAAGAAUAUAAGAAAAAAUCAGAGGAAUACAAAGGAAAAGUUAUUUUUGCCCAGUUUUCAGGAUCAACUGACUCGGAAGGAAAAAAUUGGUGUCCAGAUUGUGUCGCAGCUGACCCAGUUAUAAAGAAAUGUUUAUCAAGUGCACCUGAUGAUGCAGUGUUUAUCCAUUGUGGUGUUGGUGACAGAGCUUACUGGAAGAACCAAUCAAAUGGGUUUAGAACAGAUCCUGAACUCAAAUUAAAAAGUGUUCCUACAUUAAUGGUUGUUGGCAAGCCACAGAGACUACAGGAAGAACAGUGUGCCAAUGAAGAACUGGUAAAGAUGAUGUUAACCGAUGAAUAACAGACAUUCCUGGGAUGAUUUGUCUCCAGCUGUGCACAUUCUAUUCAGAGUGUUAGGUGCUAUCAUGUGACCAUGUUUUAAUUUAUUCAGUGUAAUAAAAUUACAACAGAU